AUGCAUCUCGUUACAGAUGAAAUGAGUGCAUUAUCAAACACGUUGACGGCCUGGACCCCUGAAAUGUAUGGAACCACAUCCCCCAAGAAGCUUGAGUUGGAUCGAGCACUGAUCCAAAUGAUUUCGAAUGACAUGCAGCCCAUUUUGAUUGUGGAGGAUGAUGGUUUCGUGAAUUUUUGCCAAGCCAUGAACCCCAAGUAUUUGCUCCCCUCAAGAAAUGUUAUUUCGAAGACAUUAAUCCCAGCCAUGUUUGAAGAGGUCGAAAGAAAAUUGGGGCAAAAGCUUGUUCAAGCCAAAUGGGUGUGUUUUACCACUGAUUUGUGGACUUCCGCCAAUACCACUGGCUUCUUGGCACUCACCAUUCAUUUUUGGGAUCACGAAGCAUCAGCCUUACAAUGCUUUGUUCUGGAUUGCUUGCGGAUUUGGGGACGUCAUACGGCUGAUCGAUUGGGUGAAGAAAUGAGAACGGUGCUGAUUAGAAAUGAAAUCAUUUCCAAAGUUGUGGUGGGAGUGACGGACAAUGGGGCAAUUAUCGUCAAGGCCUUGCAAAACAUUAAUAUCAAGCAAAUGGCCUGCUAUGCGCAUACGCUAAAUCUGGUGGCAAAUGUGUCUUUGAGAGAAACUCCAGCCUUAGCUGCGGCCAAGGAAACUGCUUCAAGACUGGUUGAAUUAACCAAACGAAGCACGCCAACCUUGGAAAGAUUUGAACAAAUUCAACGUAAUCAGGGUUUCCGCACGGUUAAGAAAUUGAUCCAGGAUAUUUCAAAACGAUGGAAUUCUACUUUCGAAAUGAUGAACCGUCUAGUGGAGCUGAAAGGACCCGUUUCAGAACUCCUGCCGGAGCCUGGAAUGAGCUCCACGGUUGGCGUGGUUGACUCGACAACGUGGAAGGCCCUUCAUGAAGCAGUUGAUGUACUUCAACCCUUGUAUGAAGCCACUUUGGAGCUUUCUGUUGAAAAAAGCACAACUGGAUCAAAAAUUUCACCGCGCAGUCCCUUUCCGGACUGA